AUGGCGGUGCUCGAGGAACUCUCGGACGGCGGCGCGGACGGCGGCGCGGACGGCGGCGCGGACGGCGGCGCGCGCGAGGCGGUGGAAACGAUCGCGGAUGCGGUGGCGCGGAUGAAAGACAUCGGGAACGCAUCGUACGCGCGCGAGGCGUACGCGGAGGCGAUGGCGGCGUACGGGGACGCGAUCGAGGCGUGUGGACGUGCCGGUGACGGCGUGGAGGUGGAGGACGACGACGAUGGACGUGGGCGGCGGUUGGCGAUUCUGUACGGGAAUCGCGCGGCGUGCGCGAUGAAGCUGCGUCGGUUCGAGGCGUGCGUCGAGGACUGCGAUCGGGCGAUCGAGGCGGAUUCGGGGUACGUCAAGGCGUGGUUUCGUCGCGCGCGCGCGCGGGAGGCGAUGGAUGAUCUGGAGGGGGCGUUGGGGGAUUACGAAAAAGCGGCGGCGCUGGGAGAGCCGAGCGCGGCGCGCGAGGCGCGUAGGACGCAGCCGCUCGCGGAGAAACGACGGGAAGAGAUGAAGGAGGAGAUGAUCGGUAAGAUGAAAGAGUUGGGGAACUCGUUGUUGGGGAACUUUGGGUUGAGUCUCGAUAACUUCAAGGCGCAGAAGGAUGAGAAGACGGGGAGUUACUCGAUUCAAUUCGUGCAAGGAGAGGGCGAGGCGCGCGCGCGCGCCGGCGCCUACGACGAGGACGAGGACGAGUGA